UAUCCCUUCCUCAGUGAUUCCCUAACCUCCGUCUUGUUAUUUACACGUGAAAAACAUGAACUAGAGACAGUGACCGCUUCCAAAUAAAUUAAUCAAUCAAACAUUCUAAAUAAAAUGAAAGUAAAGAGUAAACCCCAAGAAUCGAUAGAACCCGCCUGUGAAUCAGAACCCGAGGAUUCCGACGAUGGAAAUUCCUCCCUCGAAGGCUCGAUAUCCGAGGACGACGGAGAUAUCCCUGAAACCUCACUCCAACCAGGACAAUUCGUGAGGAAACGACCGCUCGACUCCGAGGACUCCCUCCAGAGCAAGAAGAAAAGAAUAAAAAAGAACAAUGACCUGUACAAGCCCCCAACAGCCGAAGAGUUGUCCCAACUCCGAGAAACCGAGAAUCUAUUCCACUCGAAUCUCUUCAGACUUCAAAUAGAAGAAAUCCUGAGUGAAGUGAAGCUGAAGGAGAAGUACAGGAAGGAGUUCGACGCGUGGUUCGCCAGACUGAAGGAGAAUAUCGAGUCAAUCCCAGAGACGAAGGAACGAGAGCUAACGAGGAGGAAAGCACUGAAGAAACUGGGGGUAGAGGUCCCCGAGUUGGACGUCCCCAUCAAUCAGAAGGGAACCUACAGGUUCCUGAGGCCUUCGAACGUCUCUCCAAUCGGCUCUUACACCCUGGGCACUGCAGUGGGUCCCAACGUCGUCAUAGACGUCAUGGUGGAGAUGCCCUCCACUCUGUUCCAGAAGCACGACUACCAGGACUACAGAUACCUCCGAAAACGAUCGAUCUACCUCUCGUACAUAGCGGCAGGCCUCUCUGACUCCCUCGUCGAGGGGAAAAAAUUCUUCGGGGAGAGCUACAUGCCGAGGCUGAAGCUAGUCCCCUCUGGAUCCCUCGGUAAAUGGGCCACAGUUCAUCUUCACACGGCUGCACAGAGUGGCAGCUUCAAACUGGGCAGGUUCUCCCCGGAGAAGAACUCAGUCCGACCGAAUUGGCUUUCCAAUUCGAGUAAUGAUCCCUCGGAGGUCUCUGCACUCCCACCAACUCCCCACUACAACUCCAACAUUCUUCACGACCUGACGAUGUCGGAGACCAACUCUCGAACCUCGAAGAUUCUGAAGGAGUACCCCAACCUGAGGGAUGGGAUCGUUCUCCUGAAGAUCUGGCUGUUUCAACGCCAGCCAGAGAGGUCCUACGAGGGGUUCAAUGGCCACAUCCUGACGAUGUACGUUCUGCAUCUGCUGUACGCCAAGAGGCUCAACACCUUCAUGAGUAGCUACCAGAUCGUCAGGAACGUCUGGAACAAUCUCGUCCAGACGAAUUGGUCGGAGACUGGGAUCACGAUGUGUCCGGAUAUCGAGGCAAAGUCCAGGGUCAUCGAGUAUCAGAAAUAUUACGACUGUGUAUUCCUGGACUCCACUGGUCACCACAACCUGGCAGCCAACAUAACUCUGGAGAACUACCUCUGGCUUCGAAGUGAGGCUGAAGUGGCUGUCAGGUCCCUGGACAACGCCAGCAUCGACAGCUUCCAGGUGCUGUUCAUGAGGCGACUGCCAUUCUACUCCAUCUUCGAUCAUUUUGUCUGCCUGCACGAUGUCGAAGUCCUCGAGAAACUGUUUGAAACUGUCCCUGAGGACAGGAGGACAGACCUUGGGGUUCAUAAACGAUCUCACGUCGUCAGUCUCAUCACAAAGGUCUUGAAGAAGGGCCUGGGGCGAAGGGUGUCCCAGGUGUACGUAAAACCCGAGGACUACAAGGAGUGGGAAUUGACAGAGAAAUCCCCCUCGAAACUCGCCAGAAUCUUCAUUGGACUCCAGCUGAACCCAGACUUCUGCUUCGACAUAAUCGAUAAGGGACCCGAGGCGAACUCCCCAGAAGCUGCUGAGUUCCGGGACUUCUGGGGGAACAAGUCGGAGCUCAGGAGGUUCCAGGACGGCGCCAUCUGCGAGGCUGUGGUCUGGACGAAGUCCCUUACAAUCUCCGACAAACGAAUGGUCACGAAGCAGAUCGUGAUGUUUCUGCUGAAAUCAAAACUAGACGUAUCUAAAGCCGAGUACUUCUACGCUGGAGACCAGAUCGACGAGUUUCUCAAGUACAAAAGAACCAAGUUCACUAAAUUCUCGUAUGGAACUGGGGAGGAGGCGACUCUCCAAGCCCUGCAGGUCUUCAACUCUCUGGAGAAGGACCUCACGUCAUUGACAGAUCUUCCAUUACCGAUUACUGGGGUUCAGGGGGCGAGUCCAGUGUUCAGGUACACUGAUGUCUUCCCUCCCCUGGCGACAGCAUACAGGGCGGACGAAAGAACCGUUGAAGGGGAGAAUUGUCUUCUCCUGAAGGAGGAGUCGAGCCUCGAAGAGGCCCCCAGGUCAGCCCCAGCGAUGGAGGGAGUCAUCCAGCUGUGCGCCAGUGGCAAGUGGCCGGAUGAGCUUGAGGCAGUCAGGAUGACGAAGGCAGCGUUUCACAUUCAGAUAGCUGAGUGCGUCAGGAAGACUUUUCACCUUAAAGCGAAGGGGAAUCCCGAUCACGUGGACAUCCUCAAGGAUGGCUUCGUCUUUCGGCUGAGGGUGGCACAUCAGAAGGAGAUAGCCCUGUUGAAACAGCAGUUGGGGGAGGACGGGGUCAUCAAGUACAGGGACAACGAGGAGUCGAUCUCACUGGAGAACCAAUUGUUCCAUCUCCCCAAGUUGAAUGGUGCACUGCACGGUCUGCACUCCCAGCAGCCCUCCUUUGGACCCACGUGUUGUCUAGUGAAGAGGUGGCUGACUGCGCACCUUCUCGACGCCUUCCACUUCCCCGAGAUUGUUGUGGAGCUGCUGGUGGCUGCGAUGUACCUCAAUCCGGAUCCUUACAAGCCCGCGCAGCUCCCCCAGACUGCUUUCCUCAGGGUCAUGGAGUUCUUCGCGAGGGACGCCUGGAGCACUGACCCUGUGAUCGUUAAUUUCAAUGGGGAGAUGACGAGGGAGGAAGUCGUGGCGGUGGAGAACCACUUCGGGGAGGCGAAGGAGGAACUGCCACCUUUGUUCAUUUCCACUCCGUACGAUCAUACGAAGUCCAUUUGGACGGGGAAGAGUCCUACGAGGCUGGUGUUGAACAGGGUGGGGGCCCUGGCGAAGGAGGUGCUGAAGCUCGUGGAGAGGAUGCUGGUGGGGAACUCCCUCAUCGCGUGGGGACCGAUGUUUAAGGCCACCACUGCUGGCUAUGAUAUUCUCAUUCGCGUCAAGGCCGCACUGAAUGCGAGGAGACUGCAGUCUCUCGAGCUGGAUGAUAGCUCUCCUCAGGAAUUUCGGCGGCCGUACAAACGACGUCCUGGGGAGACAAUUCCGAUCGUUGGGUUCAAUCCGGUGGAGAGGUACUUGGAGGAGUUGAGGGCCAACUACGGAGCAUUCGCCUUAUUCUUCCACGACACCUACGGGGGAUCUGUGAUAGGCGUCCUGAUGAAGCCCACAGAGCUGGAGAAAAGGGACUUCAAAGUCACAACUGUAAACUGCAGAAAGAUGGAUGCCUCCGGGAAACUUGUGCUGAAUGUACCAGCCAUGAUCGAAGAUUUCUCACUCCUCGGUCGUGGCCUAGUUGAAACUAUUGAUGUACAGUCGAAGAACAUCGCAUUCAACUGAACGCGAUCACUUCAUUUGUUAAUUAAUAAAAUAAUUACGAUGUAUUUUUAUAAUUCGUAGGAAUGAAUUGAUGGAAUAAAAAAAUA